CACAAAUUGAAAAAAAGUACCGCUGCACGUCCAAAUUUGAAACACUGUCGAAUGGUUUUGUUGUGACUGACUCCUAAAUGGAUGGAGCCAUGACAACAUGAAUCAGACAUAUAAAGUGGCUGUUAGGGAUGGCUUGGAGUGUCGCUCUGUGCAACAGGAGCUUCAGGCCUCUGAUAGCCACAUUACUUCUUGUGAAGAUCAGCACAGCACAAAGCGUCCAGCAGACAGGCAGUCUGCCAUGCAUCUGUCCAGCUCUGUAUACAAACACACAUCCUCAUUCUCGUACAAUCAGAAAGACUCUUCCUCCACUUAUAGCCCUCUCAGAAGGCUCCAGGACCUGACAACCAUGGUGAACAGGCCAGACAUGAAUCUACAGGACAGUGACUUUCAUGGCCGGAAUAAAUUGCACAUGCACAGUCCGGUGGGAGGUCCUGAAUUUGGCUUAAGCAUGGUCCGCUCGCCCUUGUCGCAUGCUAAUAGUGAAAUGGGAACUUACUCAAAAGUUCAGGAUUUUGAUAAGAAUGGCUUCUCCCCUGUUAGCUCGGAUAGUUUGGAACACUAUUCUGCAAUCCCGAAUGGGUACUUGCAUUUUGAAUCAACGUUGUUUGACAGUGGGGACAGCAAAGAGGAGGACGAAGAAGAGGAGGAAGAUGAGAUGAUGUCAUUUAAAUAUUCAUCAAAGAAAUGCCAAAAAAGAAAUAAGACAAAUGCUUGCCCCUCCAGUAGCUCCAAGGUGGGCCAUUGUACAAACAAACAUGAACCUGAUGUCUCUAACUUGGUUGCUAAAAAUACGACCCCACAAGACCCUGACAUAGGUUCUGCCAGCAUGCAUGAGGAUAUGAUGGCAGAUUUUGAGAGUUUGGAUGAAUAUUCAGACAGUGACUACGAACUGCCUAGCACGGAAAACAUUGCAUCAAUUUUUGGUUGCGGUCCAUCCCAAUCAACUAGCUCACCCAACAACCCCCACACAAGUCAUCCUAACAGCCCAAAGAAGAAGCCACUUCCUGGAGUGAAAUACGCAGUAGGUGAUGUUGUAUGGGCCAAAUUUAAUCGAAGACCAUGGUGGCCCUGUCAGGUGACCUCUGAUCCACUAAUUGGAAUACACACGAGAAUGAAAGAGCCUAGUCGUCGUCCGUGCAGGCUUUACUUCCUCAGGACGUUUGGGGAGAUGGUGGACCAAGCUUGGGUCCCUGGAAAAGCCACUUAUCCAUUUGAAGGAGGCCAUCAGUUUGAAAGCCUUCCUGUGCUGAGGCGGCGAGGGAGACAGAGAGAGAAAGAUUACAAAUACAAGAUACCCAAGCGUCUAAUGCCAUCGUGGUUAGCCAGCGUGCGUGAAGCAGAGGCGUCACUUCCUAAACCUAAAUCCUUGGAAAGGAGACCUUCCCUUGCCUCCAUCAGAGAUGUCAGUGAACCUACAACUUUGACAGAGGACAAGUCACCUGUGGCCCCCUCUUGUUCCUCUGUCCUCCCUCCAUCUUCUUCACCAAGUCCUCUUUUCUCAAAUGGUCACGACCAACCCAUCAAGAGUCCGCCUCAAGAAAAAGCAGGCAGCUUAAAGAAAUCUAGCAAUUCCAGCAGUGGGCUGAUGUCUCGAGCUUUGAAAGCCAUCGAAGACACUGAUCAACAAGGCACAGUUCGAUCAGGUGAAAACUGUAAAUCCUCUUCUCCGCAUUCUGACAAUAACAUCUCUCCUGAUAUCCCAGAUCACCACUGGCAGGUUAAAACAGAAUCUUCGGAGAGCUCUGAUCCCACAAGUGCGAAGCUCUCUCCCUCUAGAAACAAAUUUCCAGCUCAUCCUGUUCUCAAGUUUACCAGAAUCAAACCAGAUAAUAACUACGUCCAUAAUGGAUCUUUGACCAAAGUCCGGGAUCACUUAUCUGGCCCUGUAGAUGCUACUGCCUUUGGUUCUGUCCAGAUCAAAAAAGAAAUUGUUCUCUCAGACAUAUCGUCUCACUCUUCUCUGUCUCCUUCACAUUCACCCGUGGAUGCCUUCGGUGAUUGUAAAGAGCUUUCCUUUAAGUCUCUGAUGAAAGAAGAAUGCAAUUCAGAGGAGUCACUGCUACGUGCUGAUUCAAAAUACCACUUCAGCACCUGCCUCAUGCUUCUGAAGGAUAUGCAUGACAGCCGGGAGAAGGAGGGAAAGCCUCUUACCCUUCCACCCCUUUCCCCAUCUUCACUUAUCCAAGAGGAACCCUUACUCAUUCCCACCCCUUCAGGAGCAGAGGCACCAGGCACUGGUCCCUGCACCAAGAACUGGACGUCUGGGAACAGGGUACUGAAUGGCCGUCAAGGAAAGGCACCAACGUCGCACCAACAGGGCAGGGCCAAACCCAAGUCCACAGGUAGAAAAGAAACACAUAAAUAUGAGGGAGGUUGUGACACGCUUUCUCAGGCUACGAACUCGGACAAGCAGCUGAAGAAGCAGCACUCGACGGGAGAUUUUGAUGCACUUAGAAUAGGGUUGCCUCUCUCAGGGGAGCUCUCAAAAUGUUACCUUGAUGCUGUCCCUGAUGUCUGUGGCAAAGGAACCGUCACCAAAGUGGCUCCAAAGAAGAGAUGGCAAACGUUUGAGGCAGGGACAGAAAAAAAGGGUGCCAAGCUAAAGAAUGACCAGGGUCAAACGAAUGAAGACGACCUUCUGAAGGUGCCCUCAGAGCUUAAUGGACUCUUUAAAGACAGCCUCCAUGGAACCCCAGAUUCUGAUGUCUCUGCAAAAAAAGAGGGAUCUGAGAACAAAAGGCUUCGAAAGCCUAGUAAACGACUUCUUGAGUGGAAUGAGGAGUAUGAACAGAUAUUUUCUCCAAAGAAGAAAACGAAGAAAACCCCAGACCUCUGUAGAACGGGGUCUUGGCCAGGCAACACCGGUAUUGAGCAGCAAAUGUCAGAGCAAGCAGUGGCUGACUUAGUGAGCACGGCACCUAGUGAACCUCCAGUAGCAGAACCUGGUCAGCAGGCUGAAGAACAGCACGUCACCUCUGUAAACUCACCCCUCAUUCCAUCACUUGAAGAAGAUGCAUCCGUAAAGAAACCUGACUGCUCAGAUAAAAAGAGACCAAGGAAGCCCUCUCACAGAGUUCUGGAAUGUGCUGUGGAAGAAGAACAUUUGAAGAUUCCAAAGAAAAAGAAGUCUGUUCGGAAAGAAGAGCCUGUAUCUGGUUUGUCAAGACAUUCUCCUCCAUUAGGAAGCGAUCUGAGGCCACACUCCCCUACACAGCACCAGAGUCCUGAUGACCCGCGGACCCCAGAGGUGGAGGAGACCUCCCAUCAGGGAACACCCAAAGCGGACACGGAGUCGCAUACCAAUGGAGACGGGCCAUUGAACUCUGAGGUUUUUGCGCUGUCGGGCAGAGAGUCCAUACCUGGUGAGAUAGGGCUGUCCAGCAACAAAAAACAAGUAGAGAAAGGAGGUGCUGCUUCUUUGAAGGAGAAUGUGUGUCAGGUGUGCGAGCAGACUGGGGAGCUGCUCCUCUGUGAAGGGCAGUGCUGUGGGGCGUUUCACCUGCAGUGUAUUGGCCUGUCGGAGACGCCGAAGGGCAGGUUUAUCUGCCAGGAGUGUACCACAGGUGUGCACACCUGCUUUGUGUGUAAGAAGGCAGGGCAGGAUGUGAAACGCUGCAUCGUCCCAGUGUGUGGAAAGUUCUACCAUAUGGACUGUAUCCUAAAAUACACCCCAACCGUCCCCCAGAAUCGUGGCUUUCGCUGCUCCCUCCAUGUCUGUCUAUCCUGCUUCAUCACCAACCCUGCAAAUCCCUGUAGUUCUAAAGGUCGUCUGACCCGCUGUGUGCGUUGCCCUGUAGCCUACCACGCCAAUGACUACUGCAUGGCUGCUGGCAGCGUCCCCCUUGCCAAUAAUAGUUUCCUCUGCCCCAAUCACUUCACCCCACGCAAAGGGUGCCGCAACCAUGAGCACAUCAACGUCAGCUGGUGCUUCGUCUGCUCUGAAGGGGGCAGUCUGCUGUGCUGUGAAUCCUGUCCUGCUGCCUUCCACCGUGAGUGUCUCAACAUUGACAUGCCCAAAGGAAGCUGGUUCUGUAAUGACUGUCGAGCUGGGAAGAAACCCCACUAUAAGGAUAUUCUGUGGGUGAAAGUUGGCCGCUACAGGUGGUGGCCUGCUGAAGUUAGUCUACCUAAAAAUGUUCCUGAAAAUAUCUUGCGCAUGAGGCAUGAGGUGGGGGAGUUUCCUGUGCAUUUCUUUGGCUCCAAAGACUAUGUCUGGACGUAUCAGGCUCGAUGUUUCCCAUACAUGGAGGGUGAUGCCAACAAUAAAGAAAAGAUGGGAAAGGGUGCAGAUGCCAUUUACAAGAAAGCUUUAAAUGAAGCAGCUGAAAGGUUCAGGGAACUGCAGGCAGAGAAGGAGAUGAGGCAACUCCAGGAAGACAGGAAGAACGACAAGAAGCCCCCUCCAUAUAGACAUAUAAAGGUGAACCGGCCAAUAGGGAAGGUACAGAUAGUCACAGCAGACCUAUCAGAAAUCCCCCGCUGUAACUGCAAGGCGUCAGAUGAGAACCCGUGCGGCAUAGACUCCGAAUGCAUCAACCGAAUGCUGAUGUACGAGUGCCACCCACAAGUGUGCGCGGCUGGAGAGCGCUGCCAAAACCAGUGCUUCACCAAGCGCCAGUAUUCAGAGGUGGAGAUCUUCAGGACUCUUUCACGUGGAUGGGGUCUGCGCAGCGUAUCUGAUAUCAAAAAGGGAGCCUUUGUGAGUGAAUACGUGGGCGAAGUCAUCGAUGAAGAGGAGUGUCGUGCCAGGAUCAAGCACGCACAGGAAAACGACAUUUGCAACUUUUACAUGCUUACCCUUGACAAGGACCGGAUCAUUGAUGCCGGGCCAAAGGGUAACCAGGCCCGUUUUAUGAAUCAUAGCUGCCAGCCCAACUGUGAAACGCAGAAGUGGACGGUUAAUGGAGACACAAGAGUGGGGCUCUUUGCUUUAGAGGAUAUCCCAACAGGUGUGGAACUCACCUUUAAUUACAACCUGGAGUGUCUAGGGAAUGGGAAAACUGUGUGUAAAUGUGGGGCAUCAAACUGUAGCGGGUUCCUAGGAGUUCGACCAAAGAACCAGCCCUCAGCUGAAGACAAGGCGCGUAAGCUGAAGAAGAAGGUUCCGCCGAAACGUAAAAACAAGCUUGAAGUCACAAAGGAGCGGGAGGACGACUGCUUCUACUGCGGGGACGGAGGACAGGUUGUGUCCUGCAAAAAGCCUGGCUGUCCCAAGGUUUACCAUGCUGACUGCCUCAACCUGUCCAAGAGACCUGCAGGGCGCUGGGAGUGUCCAUGGCAUCAGUGUGAUGAGUGUGGUCUGGAAGCGGCGUCUUUCUGCGAGAUGUGUCCGAGGUCCUACUGCAAGCAGCACCGGGAGGGCAUGCUCUUCAUUUCCAAACUGGAUGGCAAACUGUCCUGCAGCGAACACGACCCCUGCGGCCCCGACCCUCUGGAGCCGGGGGAGAUCCGAGAGUACGUGCCCGGAACUCCCCUUUUACGGCCGACCCCUGGCACCGCCGGCGUCACUGCGGCCAGGAUAAACCAGCCAGCCUUAACGCCUGCCACUCCAUUGUUCCUCACCAGCACUAACACACCCACUUACAGAGCCCCCGGUGGGCCGCACACAGCCAACCUGACUGGCGGCAUGCUGCUCUCCUCCACCUCUUCCCGCAAAGACAUUAAAGGAGGGGACGUAGAAGUUAAAGAGGAAGAGGUGGACAUUAAAGAGGAGGACAUGGAGGAUGAGGGGGAGGUUCUGGAGGGUGUCAUCGGGGAAGAGGACGAUGAGGAGGCCGUGGAGGUCAUCGAGGACGAAGACGAUGAGGACUAUGACCGAGUAGGGUUUGAGGAUGAGGAGAGAGAGGCAUUUGAUGAGGAUUGGGGGGAGGAGUGCCUAGAUGAAGAGUUUGAGGAUGGAGAGGAGCUGGGGGAGGUGGAGGGAGAGGAACAUGACGCAUCAUGGGAUGAUGUGGUGGAAGGAGAGAAGUGAAUACUUCCAGUUUUGGUCAGACCUCCUCCAGAUCUCUGUGCAC